GACUUCCCAUUUGAUGCCGCCCAGCGCACUCUGGCAUCCCCCAAACAACCCGCCAACCCCGUCCUUCUCCCACCUCCCACUGCAAUUCUUGCAUCACCGAUUCACGCCUUUCCAUCAUCCAACACAUCCCCAGCGGAAAUCCGACAGCAAAGAUGGCAAGCGAGCGCGAGAGUAAGACAUUCCUCGCCCGACUGUGCGAGCAGGCUGAGCGCUACGAUGAGAUGGUCGGCUACAUGAAGGAAGUCGCCAAGAUCGGCGGCGAGCUCACCGUCGACGAGCGCAACCUCCUCUCCGUCGCCUACAAGAACGUGGUCGGUACGCGUCGUGCCUCUUGGCGCAUCAUCUCCAGCAUUGAGCAGAAAGAGGAGGCCAAGGGCUCGGACAAGCACGUCGGCAUCAUCCGCGACUACCGCCAGAAGAUUGAGACGGAGCUCGAGAACGUGUGCCAGGAUGUCCUCAACGUGCUCGAUGAGAGCUUGAUCCCCAAGGCUGAGACGGGUGAGAGCAAGGUCUUCUACCACAAGAUGAAGGGAGACUACCACCGCUACCUCGCCGAGUUCGCGUCCGGUGAGAAGCGCAAGACGGCUGCCACCGCCGCUCACGAGGCCUACAAGAACGCCACCGAGGUCGCCCAGACCGAGCUCACUCCCACCCACCCAAUCCGUCUCGGCCUCGCCCUGAACUUCUCGGUCUUCUACUACGAGAUCCUGAAUUCACCCGACCGUGCCUGCCAUCUCGCCAAGCAAGCCUUCGACGAUGCCAUUGCCGAGCUCGACAGCCUCUCCGAAGAGUCCUACCGCGACAGCACGCUCAUCAUGCAGCUCCUGCGCGACAACCUCACCCUCUGGACGUCGUCGGACGGUGGCGAGCCCGACGCCGCUGCUGCUGAGGCUGCGAAGGCUGACGACAAGGCACCGGAAGCCGCUCCGGCCGCGGCCGCUGCCGAGCCCGAGGCUGCCCCCGCCGCUUCCUAAACUUCCAAUCCCUUCGCACAUGCACCUCAACUUUCUUCAUCCUCCACGUUGUGAACUGCUUUCGGCGUUGGAGUGAAGGAUGCGGAGUGCAGUUUCUCUCUGGGGCUGCGGCAUGAUGGUGACGAGAGACGGAAGGAGACGCGUGUCAACAUGAAUAACAACGGAGCAGAAAAUUCAAGAAGAUGGCAUGGCUUGAAUUAGACGAGUAUCCAAGAAGGAGUGCUUUCCCCCCCAACCCUUGA